CAGCUCUCUGCGUGUCAUAGUAGAGCAAACCCUGGAUCUAUUAUAGUAUCGACGCGAGACAGAGAAGAUGAUGAGACUCUGUGGUUACCUCCGCUUAGCAGUGACUUUGGUUCUUUUGAUACCACUGGUCCGUUCGACAGAAGAUGAUACUCACAACAACAACUACUACAUUAUGAUUGGAGUGUCGGGAGGUUUGCAAGAAGGCUUUCCAGCACACGACAAGCUGCACUAUAACCAAGGCAGUUUGGAGGACGAAGUAGUGAAGGCCAUCUUUUUGGGCCGUGGAUUGGUGCGUGGGUACAAGGCCUUUUUGGAUUUGAUGCAAGAGGGAUGGCGUGAAUAUACCGAGACGGAUCGGGCUGUGAUUAAUCCCAACGUGUUUGCCAGUGGUUGUCAGGAACACGCCAAUGAAUAUUGGAUCUAUCUCGUGGAUGCCCGACAAGUCAUGUCUGUUCUGAACCAUGAACCACGACAUUUGAGUAUGACACCGGAUACCGGCAUGAUUGAACUAGAAGCGGAGGAAACACAUUCCCUGGUGAGAGACUUUUUGACGACCCAUAUUCGACAACAACAUCGUGCCAGUAAGAAAAAGAUUGACAAGGUUGCCAUUCCCUUGGUGACAGCAGUCUAUUUCAAUGCUGCCAGUCAUAUUCCUUCUCCACCCAUUCGAAUUCAUGACGAUGGUACCCAAGUGACCAAUUUUCCGGAUAGUUUGGCGUUGUGGGCCGGAGUGGACGACCGGGACCGUACCAUGGUGGUGGACUAUCACAAGUCUUGUCGUCAUCAUCGUCGCGAGGAAUGCACUGACGCGGCUCUGGAAGAGGCAACCCAAGCGUACAAUCGGUAUUGGGCAGGUAUCCGACAAGCCAUUGGCAAGGCGGAGGAGAAACGGCAGAAAUUGGAGAAACAGGAGGCAAUAAGUGGUCCUCCGUUUCAAUGUCAGAAACGGGUGAAAUUUGGAGUGGGCAAGGAAGAGGAUCCAGACAAUACAUCGACACGAGUCAACUAUCCCAUGACGGGAGCACAAAUUGAAUCCGUCUUGAAGGAGAUUGGAUUUCAAGUGGAUCUUGCAGAGGGGGAAGUGGUGGAUCCUCUAUCGGAAAAGCAGGAUGAACCUGAUCUAUAGAUUGUGCUGGCCCAUGAAAGCCAAUUUUGAAUACGAUUUUGAAUAUAUGUGUUGACAAAAGGAACUAGCUUAUAGGUUAUGGUUAGCAGCUCUAUCAGUUAC